AUGGCGCCGCCCAGCAGCCUCGGUAAACGCGUCAAGGGCACCCAGAUCAAGCGUUCCUUCAUCUACGGAACCACUGCCCGACCCUUCGAUCCCGAGCGCAAUCCGAAGCCAGAGGGCGUCCCUGACGACCACACCCACUCGUGGGAGGUCUUUGUAAAGGGUAUUGACGACACAGACAUUACCUACUGGCUUAGAAGAGUCCAGUUCAAGUUACAUGAGUCCAUCCCCAACCACGUGCGGAUGAUCGACGGCGAACCCGGAAAACCCUUCAUCAUCCAUGAGACCGGAUGGGGAGAAUUCGAGAUCACAAUUAAGAUGUACUACGUGACCGAGUCCGGCGAGAAGCCCCAAACUCUGUACCACAAUCUCCGCUUGCACCCCUUCGGUAGGACCGAUGCCGAGAAGGAACAGAUGGCCCGCCAGAACAAUGGUGAGAUUACCGCGUGGAACUACGAAGAGCAGCUCUUCAAUGAGCCUUACGAAGCCUUCUACGAGAUCCUUACCUCUGGAGCUACUCCAAAGGGCCAUCCUGUUGGGAAGGGCGGCAAGGGGAAGAACAAGCCGAUUCCUCCUCUGCCUGAGAAGACGUCUAACGUACAAGUUUCCUGGGAGCGGAGUUCCCUUCUGCCCGCGGUAAAUAAGCCAGGACAGCCCUUCAGUCUCGAGACGGAGCAGAUCGAGGUUAAGAAACUCGCAGAGGCCAAGGCCAAGGUCCAGAAGAUGGCCGAGAAACAGCUCGAGAUUCUUAAGGAGAGGGAAGCAUUACUUGCCAAGCUCAAAGCCGAGAACGCUGCUGCUGCGAGCAGCUAG